GUCGCGUGCCGUUCACAGUGUGGAUGUGGCGGAUAAGGGACAUGCCAGCUGAUCUGACACCGGUACAGCUGUCGUCAUUCAUUUAAGAGUUUGGGCUAAACGGAUUUGCGUUUUUACCAUAAACUUAACGCCGUGUGACAUCCAACAUGACACCGUGAACGGAAAUUUAAUCAUGCGCAAAACUCGGUCCAAUGGAUACAUACUCGACCCAUUCUGGAAAUAUCGGGAACUGUCCGAUUUAUUGGACCAUAUCGUGUUUGAGAAUAUGCAACUGUAAGAGAUAUUCUUCCGUUAGGAAAUACUGGAUUAUAGCACUUGUAUGCAUUUUUUAUUUGUUUUUCACUGUACCUCGCACUAACCAAGACAAACAUGGUCUCUGGACUGGUGAUAGCGUGUAUUCCCAGAGUAAAAUUGAUCAGGACCCUACUGAUGGAGUCAGGGGUGUGGAGGCAAAUGAAUCGUUCAGCCCGACUCGGUCUAAUGUGGUGUACAUAACGCUGAAAUCGAAAAGGCACAAACCGGCUAAUAUAAGGGGAACGGUGCGACCAAAACUCCGCAGAAAGAAAGUUAAAGUGAGUCACCGGGACGCACAGGAUGGCAUACAAGAGAAAGCGAAUAAGGACAAUUCAAACACUAACGACAAAUCACGGACAUAUUUGGGAUAUUCCGACCGGUUUGUUAAAGUGAACAGAGGUGAUAACAGUCACCAUUCAUCGAUUAGGAUAUACAGUCAACGCGCUCCUCCGUGGUUCAGCAAUGAGGAUAUCAGCACUAUGCGCUUUCUAGCUGAUAGUACAAUAACGCAUUUUGAAAAAGUGACAAGUCGGGGUUCUUCUUUCAUUUUAUUCAAAAGUGAGACAAACCGCACGCGUGCCAAUGAGUGUCACAAAUGUAACGGUGUUGUUAAACGACCCUUGGACAUGAGUGAGGUUUUCGCAUUUCAUCUGGACCGAGUCUUAGGACUCAAUAGGACUUUACCUGCUGUCAGUAGAAGAUUUCAUUCUCUUGGAGAUGGUCAGUCUUGUCCAGUAGUUUUGUGGGAUUCUUCUAUAAGCCCAGUAGUCGAUGCAGAUCAACCCUCUGAGAGAUUGACUUGGGGCUCAUACCAAGUCUCUCUUAAGCACAUGUGCUGGUAUAGAGGAGUCAUCCCUAAAGCAGAGUGGAGAUGCACCAGCAUACAUCAUCAUGAAUGGAGCAGGCUGGUAGUCUUUGAUUUCCUCCUGCAGAUUUAUGGACGGCUUGAUAGAAAUUGCUGUGGGUUUAAGCCCCGCCCUCAGGACACCUGCGUUAAGCUUGGUCACCAUGAAGAAUGUAAAGACAAGGAUAGGGUAGAGCUGACACACAUUUUCCAUCGCAAACAUGAUCCACACCACCUGGUUUUCUUGAACAACAAGGGCUACUUUGACAGAGAUGAAGACAAUCUGAACUUCAAACUCCUAGAAGGGAUUAAAGAGCUACCCGAUCAGUCUGUAUCAGUGUUGAGGUCUCAACGUCUCAGGGAAAAGCUUUUGCAGUCACUGUUCCUAGAUCAGCAGUACUGGGAGAGUCAGGGUGGCCGUCAAGGCAUUGAAAAACUCAUAGACGUAAUUGAGAGAAGAGCCAAAGUUUUGCUCACCUACAUUAAUGCCCAUGGGAUUAAAGUAGUCCCUAUGAACUCUUGAUGGAAUGUAAAUGUAAGAUGUUUUGUUUUCCAAAAAAUGUUUUCACCAGCUUUCAAAACUUUAUGCACUUCAAAACUGAAUAGUAUUCUGACAUUGGAAAAGCUGUUCUUGUUUUGCUCUUUUAUCUGUAUUUCACUGAUAUGUUUCAAAUGAUGUGUUUAGGAAGUGUCCUAAAUUUAUCUUUCACAUUAAGAACAUAUUAAGCAUAGCCUUGAACCCACAUAGUGCACUUCAAUCCUCUACACAAAGUCUAAAGCUAUUUUUGACACCACUGACAUUCCACAAGGAGCUGUAAAUGAUAUUACCAGUUACGUCAACUUCCUACACAUUCAGCCACCUAACAAGACUUUCUCCACCAACAAAAAUCCCAUUCUGUACAUGUCAGCAAAACUAAAGCAAUUUUCAAAAUGAUUGACAGGCAGACUGUCUUGGUUGACUUUAAAAUAGUUUCUUAACAACAGAUGUGUUCACACUGUUUACAAGGCAUUGAUUGUUUGCAAAGACAGAUGGUUUUAUUUAGGACAUCUGCCCUGAUAUCUGUCUAGUAGUAGAGACAUUUCUUGCAUGCUAUUUUAUAAAAAGCCUACAGUCCCUUUUACUCCUGGUUUAAUCCGUGCAUGUUUUUUUUAUUAGUUACAUUCAGAUGUUACAUGUCUUUAGCAAUACAGCUUUUUGCUAUAAUCAAUCAGUGUGUCAUAUUCAUGUGUUCUGUCUGCUGUUACCAUGGUGAUGACCGUGUUUCAUACUGUUGGUUCCAGCAUCAGUGUUAAAAUAAUCUGGUAAUGUUGCACUUGUGUUAUAGGAGUUUAUCAUCAUAAAGAUAGUGAAUUACUAUUUACAUGUUUUUCUUAUGAAAAGACAGUGUUAAUGCUCUCAAAAGUGUUUAUCAUGGUUGUAUUGUUUGUUAGUGUUCUUUGUUUUUGUAAAAACAAGUAAAUAAAAGUGUUUUUUACUGUCCCAUUUAAAAUUGUAGUGCAAUACAGAAAAUAUGUAGAGAAUAAUGGUUUUAAUGAUAAUGUUUGUGGGUCAUUCUAUAAUUGCAAAUAUAUCAUGUCCGUGGGAUUUUUUUAAUCUAUAUAAAGCAGCAAUGCACAAAAAUUUUUUUUUCCCAAUUACAUAUCGAAAAGUUUUAUAGCACAUACAACCCUGGUGUUCAUUUGUCUAAUUUUGUAAAGUUGCUCAUUCUGUUUUGUAUUUAAAAUCUGUAUGCUCUUAUAUAAAUAUAUUGUUAUUAUUGUUA